AUGAGCCCAAAAUCUUCUGUGGAUAAACGAAAACGAAUGCGCCAACUCCCAAAAGCCACCAAUUUUUCUCCAGAAGAGUUACUCGUUCUUUUUACUGAAUUGGCCGCUCGUUUCGAUGGUUAUUUCCCUUUAAGAUCACCACAAACAAAUGCUGCACCAAGUCGUCUACAGAUUUGUGGUGAAAUCGCUGCAAUCAUUACGAGAAAAUGCGGAUUUGAGCGAAAAGAUAAACAAGUUCUGGAAAGGAUUCGAUUAGAAAUAAAUCGAUUAAAAGGACGACUGGAACUGGAGAAGGCAGUUCAAACCGAUGCAUCGCUUUCAUAUAAAUUACAUCCACUUCCCUUGUAUCUUGUAGAAAUCGAGCCAUUAUUUCGACAAUAUAACCAAUUAGAUGAAAGAGCCUCAUCAUCGUGUCAGAUCAACGAUUCAAUAGAUAGAUAUCGACAUUUCAACACUUUUCAUGAAGGUUCAAUUUCCGUACUUGAUUUAUUUGAUGGCGGAUCAUCGACCUCCUUUUCAAGUCCAAUCAGUUUUGAAGAAGAAUUGUCAAAUAAACGAGUGCAAAUCACAACACCAAAUUCAUUCGCAAAAACAUUCAACUCUGAGAAGGAUGUUUGUAGCAGUUGUGUGAGUGAAGAAACAAGAGAUCGAAUGAGAAUUUGCACGACUUGUCUCAUCAAUUUGGGAGUUGAAAUUAAUGAAAGCAACUUCGAAGAGUUGCUUCUGCGAGCAUAUUGUGCGAAUUGCGCAAUGGAUGGACAUGUCGAUAAAGGACAUCGAACAGAGAAAAUAGCCAAUUAUGAUAAGCAAUAUCAAGUUUGCCAGGAGAUCAAUGCAAAGGUGUCCAUGCUGAAAGAUGAAAUAACGAUGAUAAAAGGAGAAUAUUUUGAAGCCUUUGAUGCGAUCCAACAAUUUGACCAAAUCAUGAAGCUUCCGUUUGACGACAAACAUCCAUGCUUUCAAAAUUCGUCGAAAUUCCUUGAAUAUCUCGAUGAACUCACAACGAUGUUGAAGAUGAAAAAUGAGAUUGAUAAAAAGAUUCAAGUGUUUUGGCAGGAGUUUCAGCAUCAACUCCAGGAUUUGAAACCCUCACCAAAUCUAAAUAAACUA